AUGCCUCAAGGAGAUGAUACACCCCGGAGACUGUCCAAGACUGGAACAAGCCUCUACACAGUACUGGAACUAAAGAAAGGUGCCCGGCCUGAAGAGAUCAAAAAAGCCUACAGGAAACUGGCCUUGCAGUAUCACCCCGACAAGAAUCCAGGGGACACUCAAGCAGCAGAAUUCUUCAAAGAGAUCAACACAGCCCAUGCUGUACUCAGUGACCCUACCAAAAAGAAAAUCUACGACCAGCAUGGCUCACUGGGAAUAUACCUAUUUGAUCAUUUUGGUGAAGAAGGCGUCAGAUACUAUUUUAUUGCGAACAGCUGUUGGUUCAAGACACUCGUCAUCCUUUGCUACCUCUUGACUUGCUGUUGCUGCUGCUGCUGCUGCUGCUUUUGCUGUGGAUAUCUUACGCCACCACCUGAGGAAGUUCACAGGAAGCAUCAGAGAAACGUCUGUACUCAGCCCACCAGAGCAGCCUCAUCCCUGGACCCGCUAUCAGCCGUGGUCCUGUGGACUGGCUACAGCCCAUGCACCAGGGCCUCUGCCUCCACCCUUUAG